UUCAACCGACACAGAGAUAAGUUAGAGGCGGAUUUUCUUGCGUCUAACCCUUCUGCAGCUGUCGAGAACAACAUGGCAAACAAAGCACAGCAGCCUCCUCACCUCCAUCUGGCCGAGGUCACCGCAUCCCAGUUCCUCGACAUCUGGAAACAUUUCGACACCGACGGUAAUGGCUACAUUGAGGGGAAGGAGCUGGAGAACUUCUUCAGGGAAUUGGAGAUCGCCCGGAGAGGAGCAGGGGUGGACCCUACAAACCCUACAUUCAGAGAAAAGAUGAAGGAGUUUAUGCAGAAGUUUGACAAGAACAAAGAUGGCCGAAUUGAGAUGUCAGAGCUGGCCCAGAUUCUUCCAACUGAAGAGAACUUCUUGCUGUGCUUCAGACAGUUUGUCAGCUCCAGUGCUGAGUUUAUGGCAGCAUGGCGACGUUAUGAUACAGAUCGCAGUGGCUACAUUGAAGCAAAUGAACUGAAGGGUUUUCUGUCAGACCUGCUGGAGAAAGCCAACAGACACUACGAUGACCAGAAGCUCCAGGAGUACACACAGACCAUACUCAGGAUGUUUGAUCUGAAUGGAGAUGGGAAGUUGGGCCUGUCGGAGAUGGCGAGGCUUCUCCCUGUUCAGGAGAAUUUCUUACUCAAAUUCCAGGGUGUCAAGUUGACCACUGAGCAGUUUAAUGCCAUCUUCACAUUCUAUGACAAGGAUGGGAAUGGCUACAUUGAUGAGCAGGAGUUGGACGCUCUCCUACGAGACCUUUACCAAAAGAACAAGAAGGAUGUGGACCUGAAGAAUCUGGCAGGCUACAAGCAGAGCAUCAUGGCCCUUUCUGAUGGAGGGAAACUGUACCGCAGUGAGCUGGAAAUUGUCCUCUGCAGGGAUCCGAUGGUGUGACCCUUCUCUCCUUUCUCUUGUUGUGAAUCAUCAUUCUCUCUGCCUGCCCCGCCCUGCUCUACCAAGACCACGCCAACUUCCAAGCUGCCUGGCGACGGAUACCAGGUGCAUGUGCCGGACACAACCCCCUCAUGUUAUAACUUCAAAAUGAUUGACAAGUGCACUGUCAGCACAAAACAGCUCGUCCUUCUUGAACCCCCGAUCUCUGAAACCUGACCUCUUCACCCAAAUUCCAGUUUCCUGGCCAAAACCUCUACCUUUUCACACUCAAGAUGAAAUCUCUUUAAUCUGACCCAUCAACUCUUCUUCUGACCCUCAACCCUGACCACUUCUAUCUUUAUCCUAAUUCCUACCAUUCUGACUCUCUACACCCUGGCCAAAACCCCAAACCCCUUAUUCUAGCCAAUAAUCCACAAAAAUGAUCCCUCACCAUAACAAUAAUCCCAGACCCUUGACCCUGUCUUCCCAAAAUGCAUAUUGACCCCUCUGUUCCCUUGCUCUUCAAAUCUGCAUCAAAUACAAUAUAUAGUAAAAUUUUACUGAAUCUAACUUCUAUCAUUUAUAGUCUGUGAUGGAACUAAUAUAAUUUUUCCACCUGUACUUUUCCUAAAGUCCUGAUGUUUGGUUCAUUCUCUUCUGUACAAUUGCCAUGUUAUGAUUUCAUUUUCAAUGUUGGUUUUUGGCUGAAACUGUCAACUGAGAAUAUUAAUAAAAUGUCUUAAGAUAAAGCCA